UACACUAGACAAGACCAGACCACCCAAGCACCAUACUUGUUUGAAUUUCUCAAAAAUGAAGUAUCAAUCCCUAUCACCCAUCAAAGGCAAAAGCUUUUAGGGUAUCUUUUUAAUUUAAUUAUAAAAUUCCUGCGAAACCCCCCGUGAAUUAUCUGCAGCCGUGAUUGGUCAAUUUCUUGCUCUGACUUCAUAAUGCCUCACUGUUAGGAAAGUCGUAUUAUUACAGAGUCCCUGGCUGGGCUGGGAUUGGUCCGUUUCUCGCUCUGACUUCAUAAGGCGCCACUAUGUGAGGUGAGCCCCCAAAAAGUAUAUAUGGCCGCUGCGGGGCCUGGGUUUUCGUCCGCCUUACCCAGAGAGCACGCUUUUGUGAUCUGUGUAACUAGGACCCAUCUAACCAGCCGUUGCGCUCGUUGGUGUUGCUUGUGCGUUUUCUUGGUUGUUGGUUUCUGGGUCUGUUUGGUUUUUGCUUUUUCCCAUUUUGUUUAGUUUGUUGUUUUCCUCCUCGUUGUUGUUUUGCCCAUUUGGACUUUUUUUGCAGUUUUCUUUAGUUUUGCUUCCCCCACUCUAGUCAGCUAGCACGCUCAGAAGUAUCAGUGUUCGAGGAUUUAGUGGCUUUUCCUCUUUGUUGUUUUCUCCUUUAUUGAGGUAGUCUUGUGGCUUCGCCUCUAGAGCAGUGAGAGUAGCUGGUGCUGUGUCUUAGUCAGCUGGGCAGUCAGGCCCCCGUGGUCCCUUUGUGUUGUAGGCAGUGCAGUGAGGGUCGGUGAUUAGCUAGCGUGUGUCGAGCGGGUUAGGGAGUCGAGAGAGCGUAGUUAGGUGACCGGCGGCAUGAAAGGCCUCUUGGACGUCCAUCCUCCUCUGGACGGGUACCACUUUGUGCACGUGAUCGGCCGGGGCGGCUUCAGCCUGGUGAAGCUGGCCCGGCACCUGGCGUCGGGCAAGUACGUGGCAGUGAAGAUCCUGCGAGACGCCUCUCCCAGCAGCCCGCUGUCCGCGCAGGGGGAAGCGGCCAUCCUGAGGAGCCUGCGGCACGACAACAUCGUGCGGCUGCUGGAGGAGCGGCACACGAGGAAGCACCUGUUCCUGGUCAUGGAGCUGGCGACCAGGGGCUCGCUCCAGCACUACGUGCGGUGGCAGGGCGGCCUGGCCGAGGACGAGGCCAGGGCCCUGUUUGGCCAGGCGCUGGCCGCCGUCAGCUACUGCCAUGGCCAGCGCGUGGCACACCGGGACCUCAAGCUGGGCAACCUGCUGCUGGAUGAGCACAUGACCAUCAAGCUGGCGGACUUCGGGCUGAGCCUGCGGCUGGAGCGGGGCACGCUGGUAAGGGGCUUCUGGGGGACCCCCGAGUACCGCGCACCAGAGGUUUUCCUCGGGGAGGACUACGACGCUUUCAAGGCCGACGUGUGGAGUCUGGGGGUGGUGCUGUUUGCCAUGCUGGCGGCCACAGUGCCCUUCCACGGCAAGAACAUGCACAAGCUGCAGGACCGGGUGCUGUGCGGCGUCUAUGUGGUGCCACGUGGCGUCAGCCCGGCCCUGCAGGAGCUGCUGGCGUGGCUGCUCACGGUCGACGCCUCGGGGAGGCCCAGUGCGGAGGACGCCAGGACCCACUGGUGGUUCAGCCCCGGCCGAGAAGCCGCCCAGGAGCCCGAGGAGGACACGGUCACCCUGCUGCAGCCCCUGGGCGUUCCCCGGGACCCAGAGGCCAGGGAGUACCUGGCGGGCCUCGGGCUGCUGCCAGGCAUGGGGACCGAGGGGACACCAGGCCCUCAGCCCCAGGACCCCGCGUCCCUGCCCGAGUCCUCGCAGAGCAGCAAGCGCCCCCCCAUAGAGGACGACGGCUUGGCUCUGGUGUCCGUGUCCCCUGACAGCAUGGCUGUUGGCUGCAUUUCCUCCGCACAAAGCGACUCCUCCGAGGCCCCCAGCCAGCCACAGCCAGAGAGGAGCCCUGCUCCCAGCGCCGCCCCCGACUCCACCGAGCCCUCCAGCCAGCCACAGCAGGCAAGGAGCCCUGCUCCCAGCGCAGCCCCCGACUCCUCCGAGCCCUCCAGCCAGCCACCGCAGGAGAGGAGCCCUGCUCCCAGCGCAGCCCCCGAGCCAGCCUCCAAGGCGUCGCCCUCCAGCCCCAGUGCCAGGAGCCGUGUGGACCUCGCAGAGCCAGAAGCCGCCGCAGCUGCCUGUGAGCCUGAGGGGGCUGGGACCGCAGCCACCGCUGCCACCACAGACUGCACAGCCAGCGCCCAGGGCAAGAGGCAGGGCCGGCACGGGGUCGGCAGGAGGAUCCUCCGGUUCCUGCUGAGGGCGUGCCGCAUCCUGCCAUCCCGAGGGAGCGGCCCUGGCCUCCGCUGCUGCAGAGUGGCCCCCAAGUAGCCUCGCUCCGCCCCCGUCACCAGGAGCAAUGCGCAGGCUGAGCUGACUGAACGUUUUUUGUGAGCAUUUGCAAGUGCUUCUCAUGAAUAAACUUCACCUUUG